CGACUUUACCAUGACAAUAAUUGAUAUCCUAAACUUUCUGUUAUUUCCACUUAUCAUACAUACAUCUCCACCAAAAUAUCAUCAAGGAAAAAAAAAUGGAUGGAGCUACCCUGAACUCUUUCCAUGAAGCUACCAUAUACAACCAAGAUGGCUCAAUACGAACCCUUAAGGUGCCCGUGGUCCAAGAAUUGGCGCGUCACGGCUUCCGAGAGGUACCUAAAAUGUUCCUUAGGCCACCCUUAGACACUUUAAACACGACGAUCUCUUAUUUAUCAAAGGAUUUCCCUUCUAUAAGUAUGGAAAAAUUACGCGUUGAUAAGGUGGAGGAAAGAAAGAAAGAGCUCCAGAAGUUGGCAAAUGGUUUUAAAGAAUGGGGCAUGGUAUUGGUUAGUGACCAUGGUAUACCUUAUAAUUUAUUGUCCGGUGUUAAAGAUGUGAUCAAAGGUUUUUUUGGGCUAUCUUUUGAGGAAAAGAAGAGGUGCGUUGGAACAUAUACUACUGUCGAUAAUAUGGGUUACGGGCGAAAUUUUAUUAAGUCGGAUGAUAAGCCUCUUGAUUGGAUUGAUCGUUUGACUAUGAAGGUUUCUCCAAAAGAGUCAACUGAUGGACUUAAUGUGUGGCCUAAAAAACCUGCUAAUUUUAGGGAAGUUGUUGAAAGUUAUGCAGAGGAGGUAAGAAAAUUGGGUGAUAACAUACUUCAAGCAAUAGCUGAAUCAUUAUCGCUAGAGAAAAAUGCCUUUGUCAGAUAUUUUGAGCCCAAAACGAGGGAUAUCAAUGUAAGAAUAAAUUAUUACCCACCUUGUCCAGAGCCCAAAUCAACACUGGGCCUAAGCCCACAUACAGAUGGUACAGUCCUUACACUUUUGAUCCAAUUUGAUACCUCUGGUGGGCUCCAAGUUAAGCACAAACACAAGAAAUUAUGGGUUAGUGUUCCAUGGCCCACUGAUGCAAUACUAGUCAAUGCUGGUGAUUUUCUAGAGAUAAUGAGCAAUGGAAGAGUUCAAAGUUCUUGGCAUAGGGCUGUUACACAAGCUGAUUUAGAGAGAUACUCUAUGGCUUUGUUCUUUAAUCCACCAUUAUCGACGGAAAUCGAGCCUAUUGAGAGCGAUAAUUCAAGGGAUUAUGAGUAUAAGAAGGUGAUUGUGGGUGAUUAUUUACAACAUCUUUAUAAGGUAAGUCCAACAUCUUCUAAAGUGGCAAUCAAAUAUGCCAUGAUCUAAUGUAAUUGUAUGUAAGAAUUGAAUUUGUAAUACCAUUCGCUAAUUUAAUUAACAAGAUUAAGACUUGGGAUAUUGAGGAUUUGAGCUAUAUAUAUAUACACAAUUAGUAGUUUUAUAA